GUUGGCAACAUGUUGGUGAGAGAGAAGCGUGAACUUCUCGGAGCCGUGGUGUGUCAAGUACCCUUGCUGGACAUGAAGCGCUACAGCCAACUACUGGCCGGUGCAAGCUGGAUGGGGGAGUACGGAGAUCCCAGCACGAGCGACUGGGAUCAGUUUCUGCAUCAAUACUCGCCAUAUCACCUCCUCAAAGAGGAUUCCACAUAUCCAGCAGCCUUGUUUAUGACUUCAACAAGGGAUGACCGAGUUCAUCCAGGUCACGCAAGAAAGAUGGUGGCCAAGUUGCUGGAGCAUCCGACCGCGAAGGAGAACACCUUUUACUACGAAAACAUUGAAGGUGGUCAUGGAGUAGCUGCUGACAACAAGCAGCGUGCAACUUGGAUCCCCAAUUCCUGGCCGUGGUGACCCAGAACUGCCGCAGGUUAAUGACAUGUUCAACCCGCCAGUUCCAUAUCAUUUGCUGUGGCUUAAUCCCACAAUCCCACAUGUUUGCUUGUGAAAUGAAUCCCAAAUGUUCGAGUCAAGUAUGGGUUCAAAAAAAUAUUGUCUUUUGCUACAUGUUUUCGGGGUUGAAACCACCAGGCCAUUCAUUGUCCAACAUGGGGCGUAAGCGCGUUCGAAAAGAUCCUGAGGCUUUUAUGCAGGUGGUGCGCUUUGCCUUCUUGUGGAGAACGUUGAUGAAUGAGAAACUACCAGAAUCUCUAAAAGAAUUAUUGUGAUCAUUUUGGC